AUGUAUAGUCCAGCGGCAACAGUUCGUAGGAUCGAUGUUUUGAUACGUAUUUUAAGUGGUCGCAAAACUGUUGUACAGGCUAAUUUCGUGAGAGCCUACUCAAGCGAGGGUAAAGUAACUAUAGGAGAUGUGGUUAAGGAGCUGACGACACCAAGGAAGGCGGAAUAUGUGCCAAGGAAGUACUUGACUCUAGAAAAUUCAGAGUUGAAAUAUUUAUCACAGAGUACGUUAAGGAACUUAAGAUGGAUGAUGCAGAAGGAUUUACUUGGACAGGAUAUGUUUUUAUUGGGACGCCCUGGACCUAGCAGGAGAAAAGUAGCUUUACAAUACUUGGAGUUGACACAAAGAGAGUUAGAAUAUGUUGCUUUAUCAAGAGACACUACGGAGGCUGAUCUGAAACAGAGGAGAGAAAUUCAGAGUUCUACUGCUAAAUAUUUUGAUCAGAGUGCUGUUCGAGCAGCUGUUGAAGGCAGAGUUUUGAUUCUGGAAGGCAUAGAGAAGGCAGAGCGAAAUGUAUUGCCAGUGUUGAAUAAUCUGCUGGAAAACAGAGAGAUGCAUUUAGAAGAUGGCCGCUUCUUGAUACCAGCUUCCAGAUAUGACAAAUUAUUGCAGGAGCACGGGCCAGAAGAAGUGUCAAAAUGGCGGCUUGUAAGAGUCGACGAAAACUUUCGCGUGAUAGCGCUUGGCUUACCCGUGCCAAGAUACACCGGCCAACCGCUCGAUCCUCCUCUCCGGUCUAGGUUUCAGGCUCGAGAUGUCGCUACUAUCGGAUUUGGGAUCACAUUGCGGCGAUGCUGCGUGUACGGAGUAGAGGAGAUGUAG